AUGAAUACAAGAUUCACGCCAAACGCAGACAAGCUCAAUCUCAAGUUUGAAGGCUACAAACUGCGUCCGUUUCAAGAAGCAACCAACCUCAUCCGAGUUCCACUUGAAGGCAUUCAAGUGUACGAACCCACGAACGAUCAAAGACUUGGUUUCCGCGACCUUCAAGCAAGGAUUAGAUACAGCAAUUUGAUCUAUGGCCAUCCUCUAGACCAACAUAGAGGCUCGUCAUUCUGCAUUGACCAGGAGUUCAACUUGCACAUGAUUGUCUAUGACAAGUUGACCAGAAGCCUAGAGACGUAUUUAAUCACACAGCUGAUCAAGCCUUUGGGAGGUGUUCCAGCAUUUGUGAACCUCGACAGCACUGUGCCAAUCGAGCCCCAACUGCCUUCAGCUGUAUCAGUCAGCCGCGAAUUACUGCUGGCAUCCAACGGCGUAGGCGACAUUGAAUUGAUUGGAAUGGAGGAAAAGGGCGGAAAGAUGCUGGGAACUUCACUCGCAUCAGUAUGUUACUUGGGCGUAGGAAAUGAAGGCAUCUCACCCGUGCCAUGCAUGCUACUAGCAGCUCGUCAAAUCAAAACCAAAAUAGUACUCGUCGUAUACAGUCGCACAGCAUCAAAGACCACCGAAUUCAAUAUUGCCACACUAGAACUAGACAUUCCUACCGACACCACCGAGAGGCUAGAUGAUGGAUCAUUUGUAUUGCUGCUCAAAACAUUGCACAUUCAAACUGGACCAGAAGUGCCUGUCUACUGCGCUAUCACGCCCUCUGGCAAUUGCAUUUUUGGCAGCGAAGUACGCUACAACAAGAUCAAGUUACUGCAGCACAGAGACGACGAUGGUAGUGCUGAGGACGGAACAACAACGCCAAUGGACAUUGUAGAGAAUCUGCCCAAGCAUGAUGCCUAUCAAUGGAGUCAAGAGGGUGCUGACAUCACUGUGCAAUUCAAGCUGCCAGAGAACACGCCUAAAUCAGCCAUCAGCUGUAAAUUCGUGGUGGAUCAUGUGAGUCUGCUAAUCCAGAACAGCUCGAUUUCUUACCCAUUCCGCAAGUUAUGGAGCACAAUACAGCCUGACGAGUCUCUUUGGACACUAGAAGACAAUAUGCUGACACUUUGCAUGACCAAGGUGGAUGAAAACACGCGUUGGCCGCAAUUGUUUGACAAGGAUGAUGGUGUCUUGGAAACACUCUCUGACCAACACUUGUCAGAAAUCAAAGAUAGAUUAGCCAAACUAACAUCUGAGAAUACUUCCUCAUCCUUGGUCCCUAAUCACUCUUUUGUGCAAGCAGCUCAGCAUCCAGCAGCAACGGAUAUGGAUGAAGAUGUCGAUGAUGCUGGUGAACCGGUUGUGUUUGGCGUGUAUGACCGCUGUGGCAACGUGGUAGACGAGUUCAACUCUGGCACCUCUCGCUGGAUUUGCAGUUCAUAUGAAGCAGCACACAAGCUUCCUUCUGUUUGCCUUCAAAUGGAUGUAGACGGGCUCGUGUUUACCCUGACCGAGGUGGAGGAUAAGAUUCAAAUCGAACAUACAGCUACAUUGGACGCAUUUGCGUUCGUUCAAGCAUCCAAGCGCGAUGCUCGAUUCAUUCACCACGACGCUGAUUUGCACUUUGCCUCUAUCAUUGAAAGCAGCCGAAACGCCUAUCUAUACUACCAUCAUGACGACAAGCGCUUGGAAGAAGUGCAAACGCUGGUGGAUUUGACGCAGGGACAUGAUGUGGAUAUUAUGGGAGCACAAGUUGUGCAUGAAAGGGCCCUUUUGGUCCUGACGGAAUCACAGCUUGUGCUGAUCUGCUUGGAUUAG